GAAGUUAUUGUUGAUGAGCUCAGCAUUGUGAGCUGAUGUGUCAACACAGAUCAGCAUCCUGACAAAUUCUCUCUCACUCACAUUCUCUUAUGACUGAUUUCACCUCAACGGUCAGAAUGGAGAGGAGAGAAAACUCAGGUUGUAAUUUCGAUGGCGGAUUUAACACUUUGAUUUGUCAAGAUGACUUGCACGACGAGGAGCACCCCUCUUACUCCCCCUCUAACCAAAACAGGCAACAAGUGUUCAUGUCUAAAAUGACACAAGGGAGACAUGGCAGGCUGGCUGUAGUGAGCCUGGUGGCACUCGCUGCUCUUCUACUAAUAGUUGAUAUCAGCCUGGGGAUCAACUAUAACAAACUCAAAGACACCCACCUCGCAACUGAUGAUACAGAACGUAUCGAAAAGGAGAUGAACAAACUCCAAGAUGCUUACAAGACUGCGAUCGAAAACACAGAGACAACCAAGAAGCAGCUGAACAGUGAGAUGGGCCGUCAGAAAGAAACCAACUGGGAGCUUGAACACCAGACAAAAAGAAAGCAUGAAUAUGAAAUAAUGAUUGAUAAAAUUACACAGGACAUUGCAUCAAAGAGAUCCCACUUACCGAUGAUCAAGGAUGGCUGCAAACAUUGUCCAGCAGGAUGGAUUUUGAUGAACUUAAUGUGUUAUUACUUUCCAUUCUUGGGCAAUACUGGAUUAAAAACCUGGCAAAAAUCCAGAGAGUUCUGCCAGAUGCACGGUGGUGAUCUUAUGAUCAUAGACAGCAAAGACAAAGAGAACUCAACUGUAAAUGUUUUGUUGAAAAAUGUUGACCCCUCAACUCCAAACACGGGCUUCUGGUUUGGACUGAGAGAUUUCCAUGAGGAAGGGACUUGGAAAUGGUUGAAUGGAUCAGUACUGGUUGAGGGGUACUGGAAUGAUGGAGAACCAAAUAAUAUCAACAAUGAGGACUGUGCAGCAGUAUAUCCCAGAGAAAACUACUUCAAGGCUUGGAAUGAUGUUUCAUGUGGAGCCACAAUGAAAUGGAUUUGUGAAAAAGCACCAAUUUAGUCAAUAUGAAUUAAAAGUGUGCACUUUAACUGCAUUCUCUGGCCAGCUUUAACUGUUUGUAUAAACUGAACUCUACUGUAAAGACUUUUAGACAUCUUGAAAUCUUCUCUAAUGAAGAACAGAAUCUUUACCAUAUCAGUGCCUUGGUCUUGUACAUACACACUGCACACAUGUGCAUGUUACUGUUACACAAAUCUCUGAGUUCAUUUUAAUAAACUAACUACAGUAACAUUUCAGCAUUUUUAUAUCUGCUGUAUGUACUGAUGUCCAGUGGCUGUCACUGCUGUCUGUAAAAUAUUAAAAAAUGAUUUACUGGUUUAA